UUUUGUUUUUAUUUUUUUAGUCGACGGAUAAAGUCAACUUACCCAGCAGAGGCAAAGAAUUGCAGGCAAAAGUCUGGGUAUGCGGUGAGCACCUUUGGGAUUGGGAAAUGGGUGAGAUGGGUAGCCGCCGCUGGCUUUCCCUUUGUGGAUUGGGGUUUGUUGCGAUGAAUUUUGGGUGGUGGGUUUUAGCAGUGGUGGCGUACCCAGUUGAGGAUUUGGUGGUGAGGCUGCCUGAUCAACCGAAGGUUGGUUUCAGGCAGUUUGCGGGGUAUGUUAAUGUUGAUGUGAAGAAGGGGAGGAGCUUGUUUUAUUAUUUCGUCGAAGCAGAGGAGGCCUCUGAUCACAAGCCCCUCACUCUCUGGCUCAAUGGAGGGCCGGGUUGCUCCUCUGUUGGUGGGGGUGCCUUCACGGAGUUGGGUCCCUUCUUUCCCAAAGGCGAUGGUCGAGGACUCAGAAGAAAUUCAAAAUCUUGGAAUAAAGCAUCAAAUCUCCUAUUUGUCGAGUCUCCGGCCGGAGUGGGGUGGUCAUACUCCAACACAACUUCAGAUUACAUUUCUGGGGAUGCCUCCACUGCCAAGGACAUGCUAACGUUCAUGUUGAAAUGGUACAAAAAGUUUCCAGCAUUUAAACGCAUAGAUUUGUUCCUCACUGGAGAAAGCUAUGCAGGGCAUUACAUUCCGCAGCUGGCCAUUGCUCUCCUGGACUACAAUGCUCGUUCCACCGGUUUCAAGUUCAACAUCAAAGGAGUUGCAAUCGGAAAUCCACUUCUGAGGCUGGACAGGGAUGCUUCGGCAACUUACGAAUUCUUCUGGUCACAUGGAAUGAUUUCUGACGAAGUGGGUCUUGCCAUCAUGAAUGAAUGUGAUUUUAAUGACUACACCUUCGCUAGUCCUCACAACGUGACCAGUUCAUGCUCCCAAGCUAUAACACAAGCAAACAGCAUUGUUGGUGAUAAUAUAAACAACUAUGAUAUAAUCUUGGAUGUUUGCAAUCCAUCUAUAGUAGAGCAAGAGCUGCGUCUGCAGAAAAUGGCUACAAAGAUAAGUGUUGGGGUUGAUGUGUGCAUGACCUACGAAAGACAUUUCUAUUUCAACCUUCCAGAGGUUCAAAAGGCCCUCCAUGCAAAUAAGACCAAUUUGCCAUAUGAAUGGUCCAUGUGUAGCAACUUUCUGCAGUACAGCAAUACUGAUGGAAAUAUCGACAUUCUUCCCUUGCUGAAAAGAAUAAUCAAAAGUCAGAUUCCUGUUUGGGUUUUCAGUGGUGAUCAGGAUUCGGUUAUACCAUUAUUGGGCACUCGCACGCUGGUCCGUGAGCUUGCUCACCUUCUCAAAUUCGAAAUUACAGUCCCAUAUGGAGCUUGGUUUCAUAAAAAACAGGUGGGAGGUUGGGCCAUUGAGUACGGAAAUUUAUUGACAUUUGCAACGGUUAGGGGCGCCGCACACAUGGUGCCCUACUCGCAGCCCAGUAGAGCAUUGCAUCUUUUCUCUGCAUUUGUGCGCGGCCGGCGACUGCAAAAUGCAACACAUCCUUCCACUUAGGAAGGUUUACCAUUCACUGCAGCAUUAGAUCUCCUAACCAUUAAAGCCAGGUUGGGUUUUCAGACAUAAUAAGAAGGAAAAGAAAAAUUACAGUAGAAAUGUAAUCAUAAAAAAUGAACAAAUCUUUUCAUUGAUAUUGAGAAGCAUGAGCAGUUUGGGAGCUCGCAUCGGUAAGAGUUUGUUCGGACUUGUUCAUUGUUCAAAUGGACGAUUCUCAAAUUCAAUUUGUCGACUCUUUUGGUAAGCGAGUCUAGCUUGAACAAGAAUGAGCGCAGCUCGUUUCGACUUGUGAGCAGCUCGAUUAGAUUUGGUAAUGAGCUCAGUUUCAAAUUUAGUAUUUACA